UAUCUUCACGAUACUCUCGUAUCAUCCGUUCGACAAUUCAUCCAUCCAUUCAUCUUGAAAUUGGAAAAGAGUCGAAGAGAACUUAUAUACACAAUUUUAAACCGCUAGUGCGGCGUCAACAAUGGAUCUAGUCUCCCUUGAGGAGAGAUCCAACGUCGCGUUCUCCAACGAUGACUCUCCACCUCCGAGGCUGUCGAUUUCAACUUCUGCUAUGACAGACGUGAUGAAGAAAGCUGAAGAGGAAGAGGAAAUCGGGAGGAAGUUACGCGUGAAGCCUGAGGCAGAAGAGCUGCCUGGGUCGCCAAGCUUUCGCUUUUAUUUCCAACAGGCAUCGGCUAUCGAGUCUUUUGCUCAUGAUGAUCGUAAAGAAGAGGUAAUCGAGAAGUCAAAUGUACAACAACGAUCUUGCAAAAGAGAAGAGAGCAUUACAUCUUCACAUUCAAAUACGAAAGAGGAAUCAACAAAGAAAUAUGAUGGAGAAAAUAGCUCAUCAGCCUCCCAUUCAAACGAGGAACCAAUAGCCAUCGGUAAAAGAGACGAGGGUUGUGCGUCCUCCAGUUCGAAUGAGGGAUCAAUAAAGAAAGGUGCGAGAAAAGCAAAAGGAAGGAGAUUCAGAUCAUUUAGGAGGGGGCAGAAUGCAAUAUACAGCUUUCUUAGUGCUCGAAAUUGCUAUAGCCAUAAAAACCUGGAACAUGGUUCUACCCAUGCAAGAAUAGCUCCUCAACCUCUAUCUGAAAAAGAUAUCUAAUUUGAUGUCUUGUACUAACCUUGGAGAUCUCAUUAAGUGUCAUACUUUUUUACGAGGAAAAAAAGCUACUAAAUAUCAUUUGAGUAUAUCUACUAAUCUCCUAGUGAUUGGAAAAGUUGUAUAACAUUCUGAGAAAGCAUUCUUGUUUAUGUAUAAUAUGCAUAUGUACUUUGAGAAA